AUGGUGGUGAUUGAUAUAAGCACGGAGGAUGAUAUAAAAAGACUGCGAUGGGAACCCCGCGAAGAGCCCACAGUGUUUGAGUCAUCGAUCAACCAGAAGUACUUAAGUGAAGAUAUCAAUGAGUUAGAAGAAAUUCCACUAUCAACAAUUGAGCAUAAUGAAUCUGUCAGUGCGGAUGUGCAUCACUUCCAUGUACCGCCGAUAUUGGAAGCCAGAAAGUUACUUUCGACACAGCUUGAGAGAGAGCACGAUUAUAAAGACGCCAAGAAAGACGAAUUAGAAGAGAUAAGAGACAGGUUAGAUGGUUUAAAAUUUAAGAAGGAAUAUACUAAAGGAGGAUAUGACAAUGAACUAGGUAAAGUUCUCCAGGUUCUGAAAGUACUGGAUGUGGAGAGGAUAGACAACAGAGACAAGUUUUUAAAGCAUAUCGUUGAUACUAAAUCUGAUAUAGAGAAGGAAGAUAUGAGUAUUAAUAUUUCAUUGAAUUCUGUCAAAAUGAACAACUUCAUCGAAUUGGAGAACAGACUUGAUAGACUGGAAAAAAUAGUUGGGAAUCGAGGAAUCGAUUCUUCUGUAUCCUCUUUGGCUCAUGAAAUCAACAGCAUAUACAAGAAGAUUCUGUUAAUAGAUGAUCAGAAUUGUAUGAGUGACUUCUCUGAGAAGUUUAGCAAGUUAAAAAAGGAAUAUGAAGACAGUUUAAUUGGGAAGCAAUCUAAACAGGAUCAAGAAGUACACGAAGAAUUAAAAGCGAAAUUUGUAGGUGAUGAUACUAGAUUAACCUAUUUGAUGAAGAUGUACAGAUUACUAGAUGAAUAUACGGAGCAUUUCCCAACCUUAGUGAAAAGAUUGGAGAGUUAUAACGACAUUGACAAUAAAGUACGGCACAGCUAUAACAUAUGUUUAGAAUUAAAGACCAGGGUGUCAAAGUUAACCGAGCAACAAAACAAUUGGAUGGUAAUGCUGGACAAGUUGGAGCAGAAAAUGGAAGAGCAAGACAAUCUUAUUAUGGAUAAGUUGAAUGAGAUUGAGCGAAGAUUAUAA